AUGGCCCAAGUAGCAAUGUCUGCCAUGCCGGUUGAAGAUGAAGAGUCUUCAGAGAGCAGAAUGGUGGUGACGUUUCUCAUGUCUGCUCUUGAGUCCAUGUGUAAAGAACUGGCCAAGUCUAAGGCAGAAGUGGCCUGCAUUGCCGUGUAUGAAACAGAUGUGUUUGUUGUUGGAACAGAGAGAGGACGUGCUUUUGUCAACACCAGAAAGGAUUUUCAGAAAGAUUUUGUGAAAUACUGUGUUGAAGAAGAAGAAAAGGCUGCAGAGAUGCAUAAAAUAAAAUCUACAACCCAGGCAAAUCGGAUGAAUGUAGAUGCUGUAGAGAUUGAAACACUUAGAAAAACAGUUGAGGACUAUUUCUGCUUUUGCUAUGGGAAAGCUUUAGGAAAAUCCACGGUGGUGCCGGUUCCAUACGAGAAGAUGCUGCGGGAUCAGUCAGCCGUGGUGGUGCAGGGGCUUCCAGAAGGAGUUGCCUUCCAGCACCCGGAGAACUAUGGUCUCGAAACUCUGAAGUGGAUUCUGGAGAACAAAGCCGGGAUUUCAUUCACCAUUAAGAGACCUUUCCUAGAGCCAAAAAAGCACCUAGGUGGUCGAGUGAUGGGAACAGAUGCUGAAAGGUCAAUGCUAUCUCCAGGUGGAAGUUGUGGCCCCAUCAAAGUGAAAACUGAACCCACAGAAGAUUCUGGUAUUUCCUUGGAAAUGGCAGCUGUGACAGUAAAGGAAGAAUCAGAAGAUCCUGAUUACUAUCAAUAUAACAUUCAAGCAGGCCCUUCUGAAACUGAUGAUGUUGAUGACAAACUCCCCCUUUCGAAGUCUUUGCAAGGAAGCCAUCAUUCUUCAGAGGGAAAUGAAGGAACAGAAGUGGAAGUACCAGCAGAAGAUUCUACUCAACAUGUCCCUUCAGAAACAAGUGAGGACCCUGAAGUUGAGGUGACUAUUGAAGAUGAUGAUUAUUCUCCACCUUCCAAGAGACCAAAGAGCAACGAGCCACCCCAGCCACCAGCUACCGAGCCUGCCAAUGCCGGGAAACGGAAAGUGAGGGAGUUCAACUUUGAGAAAUGGAAUGCUCGAAUUACUGAUCUACGUAAACAAGUUGAAGAGUUGUUUGAAAGAAAAUAUGCUCAAGCUAUAAAAGCCAAAGGUCCUGUGACGAUCCCAUACCCUCUUUUCCAGUCACACGUUGAAGACCUUUAUGUAGAAGGACUUCCAGAAGGAAUUCCUUUUAGAAGGCCAUCUACUUACGGAAUUCCUCGCCUUGAAAGGAUAUUACUUGCAAAGGAAAGAAUUCGUUUUGUGAUUAAGAAACAUGAACUUUUGAAUUCAACACGUGAGGACUUACAACUUGAUAAACCAGCUUCAGGAGUAAAGGAAGAGUGGUAUGCCAGAAUCACUAAAUUACGAAAGAUGGUAGAUCAGCUUUUCUGCAAAAAAUUUGCUGAAGCCUUGGGGAGCACUGAAGCCAAGGCUGUACCUUACCAGAAAUUUGAGGCACAUCCUAAUGAUCUCUAUGUGGAAGGACUACCAGAGAACAUUCCUUUCAGAAGUCCCUCAUGGUAUGGAAUCCCAAGGCUUGAAAAAAUUAUUCAAGUGGGCAAUCGAAUUAAAUUUGUUAUUAAAAGACCGGAACUUCUGACUCACAGCACUACUGAAGUCACUCAGCCAAGAACGAACACACCAGUCAAAGAAGAUUGGAAUGUCAGAAUUACCAAGCUACGGAAGCAAGUGGAAGAGAUUUUUAAUUUGAAAUUUGCUCAAGCUCUUGGACUCACAGAGGCAGUAAAAGUACCAUACCCUGUGUUUGAAUCAAAUCCUGAGUUCCUUUAUGUAGAAGGCUUGCCAGAAGGAAUUCCCUUCCGAAGCCCUACCUGGUUUGGAAUUCCACGACUUGAAAGGAUUGUUCGUGGCAGUAAUAAAAUCAAGUUUGUUGUUAAAAAACCUGAACUAGUUAUUUCCUACUUGCCUCCAGGAAUGGCUAGUAAAAUAAACACUAAAGCCUUGCAGUCCCCAAAAAGACCACGAAGCCCUGGGAGUAAUUCAAAGGUUCCUGAAAUUGAGGUCACUGUGGAAGGCCCUAAUAACAACAGCCCUCAGACUUCCGCUGUUCGAACCCCUACUCAGACAAAUGGCUCUAACGUUCCCUUUAAGCCUCGAGGGAGAGAGUUUUCCUUUGAGGCCUGGAAUGCCAAAAUCACAGAUCUAAAACAAAAAGUUGAAAAUCUUUUCAAUGAAAAAUGUGGUGAAGCUCUGGGCCUUAAACAAGCUGUGAAAGUGCCAUUUGCGUUAUUUGAGUCUUUCCCAGAAGACUUUUAUGUAGAAGGCUUACCUGAGGGUGUGCCAUUCCGACGACCAUCUACUUUUGGCAUUCCACGGCUGGAGAAGAUACUCAGAAACAAAGCCAAAAUUAAGUUCAUUAUUAAAAAGCCUGAAAUGUUUGAGACCGCAAUUAAGGAGAGCACCUCCUCCUCUAAGAGCCCUCCAAGAAAAAUAAAUUCAUCGCCUAAUGUUAAUACUACUGCAUCUGGUGUUGAAGAUCUUAACAUCAUUCAGGUGACAAUUCCAGAUGAUGAUAAUGAAAGACUUUCAAAGGUUGAAAAAGCCAGACAGCUAAGAGAACAAGUUAAUGACCUCUUCAGUCGCAAAUUUGGUGAAGCUAUUGGCAUGGGUUUCCCUGUGAAAGUUCCCUACCGGAAAAUCACAAUUAACCCUGGCUGUGUGGUGGUUGAUGGCAUGCCUCCUGGAGUGUCCUUCAAAGCCCCCAGUUACCUGGAAAUCAGCUCCAUGAGAAGAAUUCUAGAUUCUGCUGAGUUCAUUAAAUUCACAGUCAUCAGACCAUUUCCAGGACUUGUGAUUAAUAACCAGUUGGUUGAUCAGAGUGAGUCAGAAGGCCCAGUGAUACAAGAAUCAGCUGAGCCAAGCCAGUUGGAGGUUCCUGCAACAGAAGAAAUAAAGGAGACUGACGGAAGCUCUCAGAUCAAGCAAGAACCAGACCCCACGUGGUAG